AGUUAUGCCGCCGAGACGUCGAGGUCGGGCUCGAGGCCGUGCUGGCCGCAAUGGCCGUGCAGAGGAGCAUAGUCAUCGUGAAGAUGAGGAAGUGAGCCAAUCUGGUAAUACUGAUGGACAAGGUGCUUCAACCAUGACGCUCACCAAGUGGCUGGAUAUGAAGUUGGACAAAUUUGAUGGAUCAGGGACACCAAUGGAUGCUGCAAGCUGGCUCCGCACAAUGGAGAAAUACAUGGAUGCAUCUGUAAUGACGCUAGAGGAUAGAGUUGUCUAUGUGGCUUUCCAGUUGAAAGGUCUGGCUGAUGAUUGGUGGGAAGGAGUUCGUGCAUCAUGGUCACCGGCUCAUGGACAGCUUACUUGGGAUGUUUUCGUUAAGCAGUUCACUAGAAAGUAUUACCCAACUUCAUUCAAGGAGAAAAUGGAUGUUGCCUUAAGGAAUAUCAAGCAAGGCGACAAGACAGUAGAUGAGUACGAGACUGAGUUUAGUAAGAUUGUUCACUUUGUAGAACAUAUUAACCAUAAUGAAUGUGAAAAAGCCAGGAGAUUCUUUGAAGGGCUUAGUUCAGAAUACCGACAUGUCAUGGGGGCGAAUCGACCAAAUGAUUAUUUUACGGUGGUUGAGCAGGCUAGAGGGUUGGAGUUACAAUAUCAGCUCACAGAGACAGAAGCAGCUCGUACUGGUGGUACCAACAAUAGGGCUGGUGGUGAUCAUAAGAGGAGUUAUCCUAAUGAGAGUGGAUCCACUAGGCCAUUCCAGUUUAGAAAGUCAAGGAUUGUUCAAGAGAAUCAACAGUUUUCUCCUUUAACAUUGAACGUAUGGUCAGAUCCUGGACAUGGUAUGGUAUGCUACAAGUGUGGAGAAAAUCACCGUGCCGCUGAGUGUAACUUUUCAGGGAAUUGUGACCACUGUAGUAAGACUGGACACAAGAGUAUUGUUUGUCGGCGAAACCCAAACUCAAUCAUUAACUGGAAGAAGGAUAACUCUUCCUCACGAGUUCCUUCAAAUCCUCUAUAUGAAGCCAAUCCAGGUAGAUCCUCUCAGGCAUCACUCCAGAUGAUGACAACUCCUCCAUUUGUUACAGCACCAUACACUCCUUUACCCCCGGGCUAUGUUUGGUCCGCAACUCCCCUCCCUGUUCCACAUGUUCCACUGGCGUUACCUGCUCCAACACUAGUUCCUCAACAGCCACAACAAUUCCCUGGGGGUUAUUCUACUCCCAUACCAUCUGGCGUUUACAUGGCAUCUAAGACUCCAUCUCGCGCUAAUGGGGCCUCAGGUUUUGGAGGUCCGGGUACCAGAAGUAGUUGUUUGGUUGAACAUCAAAUCUGAGGCAAGUGCAUGACGAGCCCUUUAUUUUAUUUGAUUUGGCUGUUGUGUGUGCUUGGAUGCUAUUCAAUACUUUUCUGAUUUGAUAACCUAUUCACCUCGGUGUUAUUUUGUGUUCUAUUAUGUGAUUCUAUCGAUAUACAAGACUCGAUUGUUAUAUUUAAUUCCGAAAGCCAGGACGGUGAGGACGUCACACAUGUCCAAUCCGAUAAUUGGCGGUGGUUUAAGGCAUUGUGUGAAUAAUCCGGUGGGCUUGAGCUAGGACGGUGAGGACGCCACAUGUGUUCAAUCCGAUAUCGUCGGUGGUUUAAAGCAUCAUGUGGAUAAU